AUAAGAUUUCUAUAUAUUGCUGGCCAAAGACUAUCACGAUCGAUAUGCUCGUUGUUGUAAUAGGAGCUAGUGGCUUUCUCGGUCAGCACGUUCUUGAGCUACUGCAUAGUAGAUGGACCGCUGAGGAUGAUGUUAUUCGAGCUUUUGAUCUGAAACCGUUCCGCAAACGGCUAGAUUACGACGAACGACUUCGUAUGGAAAUAAUUGUCGGUUCAGUAUGUAGUUUCAUUGAUGUAAGAACAGCCGUCCAGGGAGCUGAUGUUGUCUUCCACUUGGCUAGCGUCAUUAGUUACGGAACGAGUCCGGAUUAUGAAGCUAUGCGUGGCGUGAAUAUCGAGGGCACGAAAAAUGUUAUCAACGCUUGCAAAGAGGCUGGAGUGAAAAAACUAAUUUAUACAAGUUCCAUUAACGUUGUACUACAUGAUGGAGGCGACAUCGUAGACGGAGACGAAUCUUUGCCAACACCACCAUCGUCUUUUAUCUUCCCUGGUUAUGGACACACAAAAAGUGAAGCGGAAAGACUCGUCUUAAAUGCCAAUGACAAAUCUUUAAGGACUCUUUCCCUCAGGCUUACCCCUAUGUACGGUGAGGGCGAUUAUCAGGUCAUACCACAGGCAAUUAAGCCCGUUUUGGGUUACGUUGUCCAGCCCUCAGUGCCAGAAGAGAGCAAGUGCCAGUAUACAUAUGUAGGAAAUGCGGCCUGGGCCCACCUGGUUGCCCACCAGAGUCUUGAUAAGGACGGCGAAAAAGCCGCAGGGGAGGCGUACUUUGUCUUGGACGAUACGCCGCUUUCAAACACUAAUCGCUUCUUUCAGCACUUCAUUCGCGAGAUGUCGCUUCGAAUUUGCCCCUUUCAAAUUCCUAUGGGAAUUUUGUAUGUUUUCACUUUAUUUUUGCAAUUAAUUACAUUGUGUUUUUCACCUUUCGUCCGAAUUAAUCUUACCCCAUCACCUAAUAUGUUAAAAGCAAUUAGCAGAGUGCUAACAUUCACCGACAGAAAAGCCCAAAAAGUCCUUGGUUAUAAACCUUUGUAUACAUUUGAAGAAAGUUUAAGACGUUCUGAGAAUGGCGAAGAAUUAAGGAGUUUAUUCGAAGAUGAUAAAGUCCUGAAGUGUUUAUCGAAAAAUAAAUUAAUACACAACAAAGCAUCAAUAAGCAGCAGUGGAAUAGUUUGCGUAUUUGUUGUUGCAUUCGAUACAAAAGCCGGGAACAUUAUAGAAUGGCAAGAACCUAAUGAUAUUGAUUUGAAAGGCAUCGAAUUUAAAGCAUUGUGUAGCGGAGCUCAUACCCUAAAGACAGACUUUGUUUACUUUCGACACGGUAAUUUUUUCGGCUUAGCCUGUUUUGAAAAGUUAUCUGUGUCUAAUGAACUGGAACGUGGUGCUAGAAUGAAAAGCGUUGGAAUCCUAUCAGCAAAUUACAAUUCACUAUACGAACAUUUACCAUUUCUAACCGAGCAAGUUAGCUUCGCUCUUACUCUACCGUCUUCUUAUGAUGCUUUGGAAAAGUUCUAUCACGAGAGGAAAUGUGUAAUAGAAAAUGAGGAAAUCAACGGUUUAGCUAUAGAAGUGGUUAGCCACCCGAGCAAUUGUGUUGAAAUGUUUAUAAAAUUCUUUGCUGAAAAACUAUUUGUUAUAUGGAAAUUUGCCUUAUUACAAAAAAGAAUACUUUUCUUUUCACCACCGCCAAUUGGAGAUGUUUGCUACAGAGGUACUACUGAAAAGAUAUUUGAAUUAAAGAGUGAAUUAUACGAUUUAUACGUUGACAAUCAAAACAUCAGAACAAGUUCUCAUUCAUUGUCUGACAUUGCAAAACCAACUCCCGCAGAUACUAUGAGAUUAAACCAGCUAUAUGAAGCUAGAAACGGAUUGAUUGAUGAAAACCAAAGUGAAAUGGACAUAUUCACUAAUUUCUUCACUAAAUGUAACAAUAAGAUACUCCAUACAUUACUAAACUUGGCUAAUUCUGAAGAGAAAAGUAUCACGGCUGACCAUAUUACCUCAAUGGGCUUACAUCCCCAGGGCGACCGUUCCUUUCUUAUGGAAUUAAUUGAGACUUACGGAGUCGACGUGGUAUUAAUAGCCGAUAAUCCUUGUUGCCCAACUUAA